GGGAGGGAGGAACAUGGUGAUACAACAUCUGAUCUUUCCUCCACAACUUAUUGGGUGAAAAAUGAGUACAUAAUAGUUAAUUGGGGCACAGGCAGUGAGUGUUCAGCAUUCCAGUAAGGGAAAUCAGCCUUUGAAGAGGCAUGGAGUUGAAAAAAGAUAUGGCACAAAGUUUUUUGAAUAAAUCAUCUCUGUCUGCAAGGACAAAACUACUACAUCAACUGGGAGUAUCACUUUAUAAUACUUCUCAUGGCUUCCAUGAAGAAGAAGUGAAAAAGACUCUGCUGCAGUUUCCUGGUGGGUCCAUUGACCUUCAGAAGAAAGACAACGGCAUUGGCAUUCUCACUCUGAACAAUCCCAGCAAAAUGAAUGCCUUCUCAGGUGUUAUGAUGCUACAACUUUUGGAAAAAGUGAUUGAAUUGGAAAAUUGGAAGGAAGGGAAAGGCCUCAUUGUUCGAGGGGCAAAAAAUACUUUCUCUUCAGGAUCUGAUCUGAAUGCUGUAAAAGCACUAGGAACUCCACAGGAUGGAGUGGCCUUAUCUAUGUUCAUGCAAAACACCUUAACAAGAUUUAUGAGACUUCCUUUAAUAAGUGUUGCACUGGUUCAAGGUCGGGCAUUGGGUGGAGGAGCAGAAUUUACUACAGCAUGUGAUUUCAGGUUAAUGACUCCAGAGAGUGAGAUCAGAUUUGUCCACAAAGAGAUGGGCAUAAUUCCAAGCUGGGGUGGGGCCAGCCGGCUGGUUGAAAUUAUUGGCAGCAGACAAGCUCUCAAAGUGUUAAGUGGGGCCCUCAAACUGAAUUCAGAAAAAGCCUUAAACAUAGGAAUGAUAGAAGAGGUCUUGCAGUCUUCAGAUGAAACUAAAUCUCUAGAAGAAGCACAAGAGUGGCUAAUGCAAUUUGUCAGUGGGCCACCAGAAGUCAUUAGAGCUCUGAAAAAAUCUGUUUGUUCAGGCAGAGAGCUGUGUUUAGAGGAGGCAUUACAGAAUGAGAGAGAUCUUUUAGGAACAGUAUGGGGGGGACCUGCAAAUUUAGAGGCCAUUGCUAGGAAAGGAAAAUUUAAUAAAUAGAUUUUUUUAAAUGUGUAUGUACUACAAUGAAUACUUCAAUGAAUAAUCUUUAUGAAAGUUAAAUGGUACUAAAUAUGAAUAGGAGAAUUACUUUGAAGUCUACUACUAAAAUUCAGAUUUGUUUGACUAUCUGAACUCAUUUGUUUUGUUUACCAACAUUUGGCUUAUUAACAUAUACACAACUUUUGUUUAAAAAGUACUUGUCAAUUCCUAAAUUUGUAUAAUAGUUCUUAGACUAUAACAGAAGUUUUUGAAAAGGAAAGCUUCUACACAAAACCUAUUUCUUGGUUUAUUUUUCGUAAAUAUUUUGUUCUGUCUUACCUGGAAAUAACUUACCAAAAAACCUUGUAGUUAAAGAAAAAAGUGGGGCAGGGAUCAAGAGAACAUUAAGAUAAGAAAAUCAUUUCUGCUCCAAGCAGCUGGAGUAAAAAGUAGUGAGAAAUGACCCUUUGUUUUAAAAAAGAUCUACUAAACAGUGAGUAAGCAUAAUACAGAACAUCAACCGAUUCUAUUGUUCGUUUCCUGGAACUUCUGUUAACAGCAGUACUAUUGAUAGUUUUAAAGUUGAGACAUAAAGAUUAAUGAAGAAUCCUAUAACAUUUGCAUUUAGAUUUGUUUUUCCAGAAAACAUCUUAACUGUUCUUCUUUUCUAACUAGUUGUAUUUUAAAAGUAAAUUUAAUAAAAAUGCAUAACUCACA